AUGUCGGCGUCUCUCCGCCUGGUUGACAAAGUUGGAGCUGAUCAGAACGGAGGCAUCACAGCCAUCAACCAUGCAGUCGUGGAAGAACAGGCGGAGGGUGGCAGCGGCGGUGGUGGGGUUGGUGAUUUGCUUAUUUGUGAUGACUUCUUGCAUGAUCUGUUCAAAUUUUGGGCAUGUUUUUGCGUAGUAGUCGAUGAAGGUGAAAAAACGAAAAUGAAGGCGGAGAGGCUGGUGAAUUGUGGUGAAGAGAUUUCUUUGGCAAG